AAAAUGAAGACCUCACAGUUAUUAGCAUUUACCAUAAUUUGUUUUGCCUUCAGUACAGAAUUCUUGAUUGGCAUAGCUUCUACAGCAGCACCUGAACCAGUGCUUGACAUCUCAGGCCAGAAACUGAGAACAGGUGUCAAGUACUACAUCUUACCUGUCUUAAGAGGCAAAGGUGGAGGGUUAACACUUACAAGCAGUGGUAACAUCAACCACAACACAUGCCCCCUUCAUGUGGUACAAGAGAAGCUUGAAGUCUUAAAAGGCCAGUCAGUUACCUUCACACCCUACAAUGCUAAAGAUGGUGUCAUCCUCACCUCAACUGAUCUCAACAUCAAGUCCUCUCUAACAAAAACUACUUGUGCCAAAGCCCCAGUGUGGAAGCUUCUCAAAGAGUUAAGUGGGGUGUGGUUUUUAGCUACUGGUGGUGUUGAAGGCAAUCCAGGUAUUGACACCAUUGUCAAUUGGUUCAAGAUUGAGAAAGCUGACAAGGACUAUGUGUUUUCUUUCUGUCCCUCAGUAUGCAAAUGCCAAACACUGUGCAGGGAACUUGGGAUAUAUGACUAUGGUGGGAAUAAGCAUUUGGCUCUUAGUGAUCAAGUUCCUCCAUUCAGAAUUAUGUUCAAAAGAGCUUAA